AGUCGAUUACGUAUUGGUGCCGGCCGGCGACUGUUGCUACACAACACAGCACUACCAAGUAUCGUUGUGAACAUUACGAUUGUCAGUCUACUACCGAAGUUCGUUCUACAACAUCGCUUCUCCAACAAAAAUCAUCAAUUAAACUGCCUACGUAACAGCCAUGUCGAAGGUGGAAUUCUACUACUUCCCUAUCAAGGCCCUGGGAGAGCCAGUGAGGCUGCUGCUGUCUUAUGGAGGCCAGGAGUUCGAAGACAACAGGGUGGUGCCAGAGAAGUGGCCGGAGUUCAAGCCUAAAACUCCAUUUGGUCAGAUGCCAUUUCUGGUGAUCAAUGGCAAGCAGUACGCUCAGUGCACACCCAUCUGCAGGUACCUCGGCCGCAAGUACGGACUUGCCGGAGCUGACCUCGAGGAAGACUUCGAAAUCGACCAAAAUGUCGAGCUUGUCCACGACUUGCGUGCAAAGGCCGCCCAAGUCCAAUACGAGGAAGACGCCGCUACCAAAGCCAAGAGGCACGAGAAGUACACCAGGGAGAUAUAUCCCAACCUGCUGACCAAACUUGAUGAGAUUAUCAGGAAGAAUAACGGCCAUCUCGCUCUUGGCAAGCUGACAUGGGGUGACUUCAUUUUCGCGGGUAUUUAUGAGUAUCUGAAGGUGAUGCUGCAAGCCCCCGACCUAGACGAGAAGUUCCCCAGCCUCAGGGCGCUGGAGCAGGCCGUGCUGAACCUUCCCAAGGUCAAGGAGUACGUGGCCAAGGCACCCAAGUGCGAUUAUUAAAUCACUAUACUAAAUAAUACUCGAGUUUUCGCUUUUUUUUACGAAAAUUGUUAAGCCUCACCAAUCUAAUCUCCUCAGGUUCGAUAUUUAAAUUUCUUUUUUUUUUGCGUGUCAAGUUGCUUGUCAUGGUUAAAUAUGAUGCUAUGCAGUGCAUUGAUAAAUUCAGAAAAAAAUAUUUUAUGAAAAAAAUAUACAUUGAACGAAACGAAUAUAUAUGUUUUUUGCAUGAUGGCAUAAGUACAAUUUUUAAUUAGAGGCAUAAUAAUAACAACUGAUUUUGCAGUAUUAAUUUAAUUUCAAAUUACGUAUAAAUUACCUAUGUUUUCAAACUGAGGAGUUGAUGUAUAUUUUGUUGAUAAAAUCAUUCAAUACUAAACCCAAAAUGAAUACUAUGUCUGGGCAAACAUAGAUUUGCUAGAAAAUGAUGGAAGACCAUAUUUUAAGAAGUAAGAAACAACCUAUGGAGUUUUUUCAUGUUUACACCGAAAAGUAUGCUAGUUAAGAGAAAAUUGUUGUUUAUUAAUUAGAUUAAGUACGAAUCGACGCUUUCAUUUCAACAACCGUUUGCAUGCAUUUUUUGACAUUUCACUAUGCACCUAUGUUGCUAUAUUACGUACUUGUGACGUUAAGUAAGUGUGAUUUCCAUUUAAUUCAGAAUUGAAUAAAAUUAUUUUAGUAUUUUUUUGUGUACUAGUUCUAGAGAAAGUGAUAUUUUAAAAUGUCUACCAUGUAUGAUAUAAAAAAGAAUGUGUUAUAAAAAUGUGGAAAAUUGUAUUACGCAUUUAACUACAGUUGAGUGUAUGUUAAAAGUUACAAAUAAAAAUGUAUCUCUAUUUGUGUAUCAAAAA